GAUUCAAUGUUACGUGACGCGUAGCCGAAUAUAAAUACAGGGCAUAUUGCGUUCUGCAUUAAAAACAACGUAACAUUUCCAGAGUUCUCUUUUUAAAUUAUAAUAUGGAUAAUUCCGGGAAAGAGAAGGAGGCUUUGGCUCUCAUAGCUGAAGCUGAUAAGAAGAGAAAAUGUUCACGAGGAUUUGGAAUCUUGUUCGGAGGGUCAUCCCGGAAGUAUGAGGAAGCAUGUGACAUGUAUGUCAGGGCAGGGAACAUGUUCAAAAUGGCAAAAAACUGGAGCGCUGCUGGCAGUGCAUUCUCCCAAGCAGCACAACUUCAUCUGCAGAUGGACAACAAACUGGAUGGAGCCAUCAAUUUCCUUGAUGCAGGCAAUGCGUUUAAAAAAGUGGACCCUCAAGAGGCCAUCAACUGCCUGACCCAAGUGAUUGAAAUUUACACAGACAUGGGCCGUUUCACCAUUGCAGCCAAACACCAUAUAUCUAUUGCUGAGAUCUAUGAGAGUGAGCUAUUAGAUGUUAAUAAGGCCAUUUCUCACUAUGAACAGGCAGCAGAUUACUACAAAGGAGAGGAGUCAACUAGUGCUGCAAAUAAGUGCCUUCUGAAAGUAGCCACCUACGCUGCUCAACUGGAACAGUACCAGAAAGCUAUAGACAUUUAUGAACAGAUUGGAACAUACGCAAUGGACAGUGUCUUGUUGAAGUACGGCGCUAAAGACCACUUUUUCAAAGCAGCUCUUUGUCACUUCUGUGUGGACAUGCUUAAUGCAAGGCUGUCUGUACAGAGGUAUGAGGAAAUGUUUCCAGCCUUCUCAGACGCUAGAGAGUGCAAACUGGUUAAGAAACUUCUGGAUGCAUAUGAGGAACAGGAUGUGGAUGGAUUCACUAAUGCAGUGAAAGACUUUGACACCAUCUCAAGAUUGGACCAGUGGAACACCACUAUGUUACUAAGGAUCAAAAAACAAAUACAGGAUGAAGAGAGUGACCUCCGCUAAUCUUGAUUCUGCUAGUCCAUCAGAACCAAAACCAACCUUGGUUUGGAAAAUAUUAAUUCACAUUCCUAAAGAACUUUCCAUUUCCCUCUAUGUGGUACCAAACCAGGCUUUUGACCCUUUAAAAUAGGUGUAACCUGAAUGUCAAUGUCUGUUAUUUAUUGUCAGGUAAUAAUGGUCUUGGCACAGAUUAAAACAAUAAACUACUAGCAGUCCUUUGUAGAAUAGCACCAGCUAGCGCAUCCAAACAAGAUGUAUAAUUACCUAAAGAAAGUUUCUUUGAAUUUUCAGUAGAGUAACUCCAAGUCAUUAAAUGCUCAUGCCAUACUUUGACAGGCAACACGAUGUUCCACUAGAACAUAUUGUCAUAAAGUGGGUUGUUAAAAAUGGCAUUCAGGAAAAAGCAAGGCUUCAACUUAUUUGAAGUACAUAUGUUGGUCAUUGCUGACCAUAUGCUGCUCGUCUUACACAAUGGCAACAUCGGCAAAAUGGGUUUUACUUGUGCAUCUAAAAAGGUUCAGACUUAGAAAGAGAAAAUGUUUUUGCUCUGUCGAAGAUUGUUUCAUCAGGGUCUGCUAGCAGCCAUUGCCCUUUUAUUUAUUUCUAAAAUGUAUCUUUAAAUUAUAGCAUUUUGUUCAAUCAUUUUAUAUACACACACACACACACUUAAUGUUGCCAUUCUAAAGGAAUUCACUUUUAAAUCCCUCAAAGGGAGAUGGAUUACCUCAGUGCUUAUGGCAGUAUGAAGAUGAUUCCUAUCAACCUGUCCAAUGCACUUAAAGGUGGUGGCCUGCUUUAUAUUUUGCACUUUCCCAUUUAUUUGCCAAAUUAUGUCUUUUUUAUUAAAGAUUUGACUAAGUGAAAAGCUGUAACACUACAUACAGUACACAUUACUCAAACAUCAGUACUACAUAGCAACAUACUAAACUGAAGGAUGUACAUGUUUGCAAUUAUAAAACUAGAUAAUAUCAUUUUUCAGAAAGGCAUUAAACCUCAUUCAGAGUUAGCAGAGUCCUUCUGUAUUUUUGACCUAUUGUAUUGCGUUGCAUGAAUUCUGUCUUGUUUUUAUGCAACAUUUACAAAUAAACCCAACUGGUUCUUA